AUGCGUGGCAGCCGCUAUGAAUUCCUGGAAUCGGUAGGGGAGGGCAACUACGGCGCGCUCUACCGCGGCGUUGCCAGGGGUGCACGUUGGCCGCGGAAUGCCAUCAUCGCCGGCAAGAAGGUGAAACAGGCUGGUAGCAGCCGCAACGUGCUUCGCGAGCUGAGCAUCCAGCGAUGCGUGGCGAGCUCGCCGUAUGUGGUCGCACUGCACAACGUCGUCCCGCGGGAUGAGGAAAAGGUGCUGCUCAUUCUUGAAUUUCUGCCAAUGAAUCUGCGCGAGUUCAUGAACAGCUUUGGCUGCAGCCACCGCCAGCAAGCGGUGCAGGAGCUGCGCGAACUGCUCGUCCCUCUGUCAUACACACGAGACAGAUUCUGA